GUAUAAACAAUAUAUGCGCAUGCUAUUUUGAUCUAUUAUAUUAUGCAAUUAUUAUAGCAUAAUAGGUGCAAGAAAACACGUGCAUUCUCUCAUUUUGUGAGCCAUUAAACAAAUUUCAACAAAAAUAUUAUUAUAAAAUGGUUUUAUAUCCAAAGGAAACAGGACAAUUCAUUUCAAAACAUUCAAAAAAUGUUAAAAUAUCACCAGACGGAAUUCAACAAUUGGGAAAAAUGCUUAUAUCGACCAUGUUAAAAAAUGAUGAUAUAUUAAAAUCAAAUUUUUGUGAGGAAUCGCUACAUCCUAAACCAAAUGAACCAUGGACAAUUGAUUGGAUAUUUGUAAUUGAUACUUUAAAUUUUUGCUUUUGGACACCAAAAAAUGAACUAAAUGGCAAAUCAGAAUGGACUGUUAAUGGUUAUGUUGGAUAUUUUGCACUAUGUGCUGCUAUUAAUCGGGCAAUGGAGGAAAAUAUUGAUAUUUUGAAUCCGAAUUAUUAUUCCAAAAUUACUGAAGAACAAUUAUCUUAUAUUUUAAGACCAGAUGAAAAUUGUGCAACAGUUCCUCUUCUCAAAGAACGAACAAAUUGUUUACACGAAGUAGGAACAAUUUUGAUGCAAGAAUUCAAUUCAACUUUUAAAACUUGUUUAGAAAUGGCUAAUGGUUCAGCUAUGAAAUUACUGGAAAUCAUUGUAACAAACUUCGAGUGUUUUCGGGAUGAAAGUCAGUUUAACGGCUACCAAAUAUCAUUCUAUAAACGCGCUCAAAUUUUAGUAGCUGAUAUUUGGUCAUGUUUUUAUUUGAAUUGUAGCGAAGAUAAUUUUUUAUCAAAAUUAGUCAAUUUCUAUGACAUUGAUCAAAUAACAAUGUUUGCAGAUUAUCGUGUUCCACAAAUUUUGAAUUAUUUUAAUGUUCUCGAAUAUUCACCAGAACUUCUAAACACUUUAAAUGAAAAGCAAAUAUUAAUGCCGGGUAGUAAUUUGGAAAUAGAAAUUCGUGGAUGUAGUAUCGAAGCUAUUGAGCAAUUAAAAAAUUGGCUUAAAACAGAAAAACCAGAUAUUGUUAUUAAUUCUAUACUACUCGAUCAAUAUUUGUGGGAUUUACGUAGGAAAAUUAAUCAUAAAUUACAGGAAGUUCCAUUCCAUCAAGUUAUUAGCAUAUAUUAUUAAUAUUAA